AUGAGUGAUUCAGGAAAAACUCGUGACUCUUGUUUCGACUGGAUUGACCAGGUCAUUUAUACAGUGACCAAAGAAUUUCCCAAAGAAAUCGUCGAAGAUCGAUUUGGUUCCGUCUUGGAAAAGAUCAAUGCUGCCGAAGAACUACCUGAUGACAUCAAAGAAGAGCUGCUUCUGCUCUUGACGAAGCACCAACAUGAAUUGUGCCAGGCAUUGCGUGAAGAUAUCAGGAGCUUCGUGCCGCCUGAUGCGAUACAAAUGCUGUAUUCUUCAACCCCCGACAACUGUGCCCCGAUUAGUUCUUCGUUGGUGGAAUCUGCCCAGGAGCGGUUGGUGAAGGACAAUGCAACGUUGAACGAGCUGGAGUCGCAGAUCGCUGUGCUGAAACUCGAAAACUCGUUGCUAAAAGAAACAGUUCAUGAGAUGAAGAGUUAUGUGAAAGAAGUGAAGAAGGCAGAAGAAUUCAUCUCGAAAGCUGGUGUCGCGACUGCGGCCGUGUCAGUCAAUGAGGAUUCUGGAAUAGGUGACGAUAGCAUGCAAAUGGAACCCAGUUCUAACGGUGACGAAGGCGAGGAAAGAGCCGAAGCGAAACCUGUUGCUCGAGACCCGUCUUCGGAACCCAUAGCACGGAAAAAAUCCCGAAAAUGAGUCCCGCUUUUUUUCUGGAUCCAUUCCACAAUUUUCUGCUUUGUACCUUUUCAUCAUCAUCAUUCGGGGAAUUCCUGUAUUUUUAUAAAUGGUUUUCGUAUUUUUAAAAAUAUUUUAUGACGUUGUUUGACCGAUGAAUUUGCUUUUUUGGAAUUGUUAUCACUCGAAUGUGAUCUCACUCAUACGGUGGUACCUCUGAUUUUAGGUGACUCGCACGAUGGACUUAUGAAUGAAGAACUCCGGCUGCCAUAAAAAUUUUUUUUCGCACGAUGGACCCUCCUCUGCAGAAAAGACCGUGCAAAAUCGUUUGUAAAAAUAAAUUUGAAAUUCCUAUGGGAACUCUGGCUGCAGGCUCCGUUCUUCAAUUAGAGAAAGGUUUUUGGAUGCUAAGUAUUUGACUUUUUCUCAUUUCUGAUGAGUCUUGUUUUUUUAAUUUAACGCGCAAUUUUGGACAAUUCAUUUAUGCGUUUAAAUUUAUUAAAAUUUAUCCAAGACUUUCACAAGGAAUCUGAGA